AUGGCCGACCACAUGGACGUCGAUGAUGACGAUGCAGACCUCUGGACAUCGCCAGUGAAAAAUCCCCCGUCAGAACGUCCGAAAAAUCCAAAAUCUCCCAGAACUCCUCGAACCCCAAAGACGCCCCCGGCCAAUGACCGCCAGUCCGAGCCGCUCGAUCGAGAAGCAAUGCUGAAAAGAGAGCUGGAGGGGGUGCGCAGCAUCAACCGAGUCAUCGAGGGCGUUAUUGGCACUCUGCAGCGAACAGGCAGCAAUAUGGAUUCCGUCUCUAAAACCGUCUCGAACGCCUCCACGCUGCUCAAUACCUGGACUCGCAUCUUGUCCCAGACAGAACACAACCAGCGCCUGAUUCUCGACCCCACAUGGAAAGGCGCAACAAACGAUUUGGCUGAGAUUGAGGCCGAAGCGGUGCGGAAACAACAGGAAGAGGCUCGCAAAGCUGCAGAGGAAGAGGAGCGCAAAGAAGAGCUUCGGCGGCGGCGGGAGGAGGAGGACCCGCGGCCGAACCAGGGUGGCUACGGCGUCGUCAAGGAUGAGGUCCAGGUCGUCGUCGAGGAUCGCCACCAGCUCAGGCUAUUCGGGAAGCAGCACCAUAUCAGCCUCAAGUAG